AUGUUGGAUGAUUUCAUCAAUUGUUUUCUAUAUCAAGAAGCAGAUGAGUCUCUUUUGGAACUUUUAUAUGAUAUUUGCGUGUUCUUUGAUUUCCAGAGGUUGGCGAGAUUUUCUCUCGAAUAUGCCAAAUCAUUUCAUGCUGAGAGCGAUGACAUUACAAGCAUUCUUCCAGUCCAUAAAAAACUUUGCUUACUAUAUGAUACUUUUCUCAAGGAAAACCAUUCUAACUCCUCCAUUCGCGAUGAUAUUGAAUCUCGCUUACUAUUCCUUGAACCAAUUAGAAGCGAUCUCCAACAACAAAUGGAGAAAAAGUUUGAUAAGGAGAAUGCUGAAGUACUGGUAAAAGCUGAUUCAAAUUGGCUUGAUAUCUUUCAUUGCUACAAUACUUGUAUCAAGAAACAUCAAGACAAGGAGAAAGCGGCUGAAUAUGGUAGGAUGUCUUUAAAAUAUCUCGAUCCUUACGUUACUUCAGAAUCGCCCUUGGAAGCAAUUUCAUACACAUAUUUGGAGGCGGGAGAAAUGGAGAAAGUAGAAGACACUGCUUCUAUUACUGCUCCGGAGAAAGCCGACAAUUCAGAAGAAACUCUGGCCAUGCAAGAACUGGGAACAACUGACGAAGUUCCAACUGAAGAAAAGUUACCCACCCCACAGCCCAUUUCUUCAGAAAAGGCAAUACAGCGAUCUUCCAGAAGACUAAAUCCAGGUGAUCAAACCCCAUUAGAGCCAGAUAAUAUUCGACUUACUAGGCAUUAUUUCAUUGAAACAGAACUUUUCUUUGAUGCUUUGAACACUAAGCUCCUGAAAGUUUACACUUCAGAUGAAACCUUUUUACGCGAUGUCGUAGAUUAUAUUGUCGACAUCCCAACAAAAGAAAAACCAACGUACAUUAGGGAUUUCGUCCUGGCACUUAACGAGUGGAAAAGAAAAACAUACACUCCUCUUUUAUUGCCAGAGACCUCAUCAAAACUGAAGACCAAUUCUACUGCAGAGAAUGACAAGUUGAAGUUACUUGACGUACUUGUUCGUUUCGGAGAUCAAAAUUUAGAGGAGGAGGAAAUUGUGCAAGAGAAUAUUGAUACAUUAGAGAAUUUCAAGCUAAUCGAAAUAAUUCUUCAAAGGACCGAAAACAUGCAUUAUGUCCGAUCAAAAAUCGAAAUACUUGAGCACCUUCUCAGCGACCAUGGCAAUAAUCUACUCACGCUGACAAAAUGGUCUACAGAAAUGUUUCUGGCAUUGAAGGAAUGGGUGUUCCAUUUAGAAUCAGAACUUUGUAACCGAUGGAAUCAUGUUGACAGUCUGAGAUUUGAAGCAACUUUCAGCGCUGCUGUUAGUGUCGUGGAGAUUCUCAUUAAUCUGUACAUUGAACUAAAAAGCCAAAUUGAAAAGCUGGUGGAAUCAAGGUCAAGUUCGACCUCUUCAAAAUCAACAAAGUCGUCUCUUAAUUCCACAUCCAUUGAACUUUUGAGACUUCAUGACAGAAUUUUAAGAUGGAGAGACUUCAUAAAUUACAGUUUUCUUCGACAAAAGGUCAAUAUAAAGACGUCCAAUGCAAACCUCAGAUCUCUAUCCAGAUUUUCGUGGGUCUCUAAUUACUUCAUUGCGUCUAAUAGUUUCACCUGGAGAGAGAAAAAAUACGUUGUGAUCCAUUUAAAGGAGUUAGAUGACUUUUUGAAAAAUGCAGGAGAACCAUAUCCUUACAUAGCGUUCCCCAAUUAUGCACAUAUUGGAGAAUUCAAAGAAGAAGCUGUCAACAGAAGACUCACGACUUCCUCAAUUUUGUCAAUUUUCUCGAAAAUUCUCUAUAAUAAUGAUUCCAAAAUCGAUGAAGACAAUGAAACAAUCGACUUGCUUGAACGAAUUUUAAUUGAAGAAGAUCCAUCAAUAACAGCAGCAAAUGGUAAGAACGAGGAGGAAAAUUCAUUGGUGGACUCAGUGAUCUAUGGCCGUGCAACCCUCGAUGCACAAUCACUUAAAAGUGUUCGUGAUUUUCUUGCGGAGUGUCCGAUAGAUUUAAGGUUGAGUCUCUGGAAUAUUUUAUUUCUGUACUAUAAAGGAAAGGGUUUGGCAACUGGAUUUCAGAAGGGCUUUGAGCAAACUUUAGACUUUGUGCUCCAAUUCUGGAAUAGCGACCGCUAUAAGGAAUACAAGGUGGAUAGAGUCAGCGUUCUUCUCAAUUCUUUAAGCUUUUAUGGAAGCUACUGCUCUGCAUUCAUCAAAUAUCUUUCCGACAACAAGUGGAAACUUCCUUUACCUGAUUCAGGAAAUCAAGUCAAAGUUGUAAGUAAUUUGUGCCGAAUUUUUGAGCUAUGUUAUUCUUUCAGUUUGCAUGAGGAGGCUUCACUUAUAACAGGAAACAAAAUCUCGCUCUCCACUGUCUCUAAUGAAGCUUUUUCGCGGUUUAAAGACUUUUGUAUUGAGAGUAUUUGUCUCAUUUUGAUAUAUUCGGUGAACAAAAUUCAGGUGAGACCAUCAGACGAUAAGGAUACUAUGAUUAAAGAUUUGCUUAUCUUAGUGCACAGCCAACUCGGUUUACGUCGACUUUGCGACUCAUCUGAGGGUCUUUUCUUAAGGUUUGCAGAAGACACAUUAGUUGGCCUACCAGAGAAGCCGGACCAGGAACUCGCACAAUUACUUUCUUGUCGCUUUCACUACAAAGUGAAAAUUAAUGAUCGUUUUCCUGUCGAUCAUUAUACAAACAAAUGCGGUGAACUAGAUAAGUCUAGUGCUAAAGAGCUUGCCGCAUUCAUUUUACCUUUAUGUUUCCGCCAUUCCCCACUUCUACGUGCCCCUCGGAAUGAUACGAAACAAGUUAUAGACGACCUUUUCGAGAUUAUCGGAGAGGCUGAUAUUGAGUCAGAUCCGGGAUUGGUCUCAAAUAACGUUAUGUUGGAAAAGUUCUUGGAUAAUACUGAAAUCGACUCUCGCUUUGUGAAAAAAGCAUUCUAUGGCUUGCACAACUUGGAUUUUGUAACCCCACAGACUGAUGGCACAAUUGUGCACGGUGGAAUUUAUUACUUGGAGGCAGUCCUCAUGUUUAACUCUUACAAGAUAAGAAAAAAGUCUGCUCAAAGCAGAACUGUGGAAUUAGAACGAAUCAUUAGAUUACUCAAGGAUGACUUGAUUUUUGGUACCAAGAGGAUCGAAAGUUGGAUACUUCUUGGGCAGGCAUACGGAUUCAUAGUUGAAGAUGAUUUGAUAUGGACUUCCGACAAGUUGAAUACAAUUGACAGAAAAGUUCAGACAGCCAACCUUCAGAGGAAGUCACUUCUCAGUUACAUGAUAGCUAUAAACAUGAUCACUCGAGAAAACGAAAAUAUGGAGAGCUUGAAAUCAAUCGUGAGUGUUUUAACUAAUUCCUUCGCUAAAGAAUUCUAUAGCGCGUUACGGAGUCCCAUGGAUAUGAUUGCUUUGAAGGCAUAUUCGGGAUCAAAGUUUGUGAGAAGACAUAAUCAAACAAUGUUUCUGGCUAUUUCUGACAAACCAAGCGCCACUAUGAAAUUUUGUCUCAGAUUGAUAUUAAGAUGCUUACAGAUAUCAAUUAAGUCCAACUCAAAAGAUUGGUCGUCGUAUUAUUAUAUGGCGAAAGUUAAAGAUAAACUUAAACACCAACCGAGCGAGACUUUAGAUGCAUUAGUCACAGCAAUCGCGUUAAGCAAAGAACAAGGUACUGUAUCAGAUCCGCUUCUUGAAGCUCCAUACAAACUUUGUGUCCUCCUUUACAAGUAUGUGAAAUCUUCACAGAUCGCAAUGGAUAAGGCGGUAGACUAUCUAAACAAAGAUACGAUUUUGCAAAUGAAUAUCAAUGAAGCAAUGAACGAUAAGAAAAGCUUUUACUGCUUGAUUAUUGAAGCUUUAAGGAAACUUAUAGCCUUGGAUAAGAAAGGCUGGUACCAUAAGCCACAUUACAGAAUUGCUUCUAUAAUGCAUGAGGAGUUUAAUGAUUGCGAAGCAGCAAAGGAUGUCAUGUCGAAGUUUUUCUUCUUGAAUGUGUCUAACAAAACAUUUCUUCAAAUGUGGAAACCCGAGCACGAACGCCCCGGCAAGCACUUCGUUUACAUGUUCCAGUACACUCAGUUUUACAUUAAUUUAUUGAAAAGCACGAAGGAUAUAUCGUCGUUGGUGCAGAUGUUACCAAAAUUGAGACGAGCAAACUCGACAAUGGUACUGUUGUAUUUUGCAUGGGAAAAACUUUGUUCAUCCAUUUGUGAUAUUGUGCGUACUUCACUUGUGAUCAAACCAAAUUAUGUGGAACGGUUUAUGAUGCACAAUUUGCACUACAAAUUUAUAAGCAAUGCCAAAAUGCUUCCUGAUCGUGUGAAAGAACAAGGAUUAUCGAGUCGCAUUAAAGGCCUUUUAUGCUUCUUGCAAGCAAUUAACGAUAUGAAGAAGCUCAACAAUGGAUUUGGACCAACAUCCCAAGUCGACGACACACUUUGUGCAAUCUAUAUUGAGAUUUAUUCUUCUAUGGCAGAUGAUAAAGUUGUUCCUGUUACGGAAUCUCCAAAUGGGCGGUUGAAAAGAUUGGCGAAAAAGGAUUUCUUCCCGUUCAUUAACGAACUAAUUGCAAAGUUCAAGAAGGAUAAUGAAGCGGUCACGAAAGAAGACCCAACUGCAUUGAAUGAAUACAUUCGGACUUUUACGGAAGAGAGCCGCAAGAGAAUCGAGGAAGAAGAACGUCUUCGUCAAGAGGCAGAAGAACGUCUUCGUCGAGAGGCAGAAGAACGUCUUCGUCGAGAGGCAGAGGCAGCCCGAGCUCAAACGCCCAUCAAUACUGUUUCCGAUACAGAACUCUCCAGUCAUCUUGCACGCCAGGAUCCAGGAGCCUUCUCGAAGUUUAAGGUAUCUCCACAUGUAACAAAGGAUGUGGCAUUUCAAUUAGGUUCAAAUCCAAAUGAAAAUAAUAGCACGCAUGACCAAAGCAGUGAAAUGCAAACACAAUCAUCAAAGUUCCCUACAGCUGUUUUGUAUGGAACUGAUUCGAUCCUGAAUCCCUGGCCUCAAGCCAGUUUCCAGACGGGGGAGCACCUUAACUCAUCUCAUAACCGUGAUUUUCCCGUUACGACGAAAACUGCUAAAACAGAUACAAUAACUGAUCAAGGUAUGCAAAUGCCUAUUGCCAACAAUGACACUAAGGCGAAUCCUGUCUGUUUGCAUUGCCUUCAGAAUUCGAAUAUUCAAAAUCAAAAUUUGGAAAGGUCGCCCUCUGUCCAAUGUAUUGAAAAUGAGAUACCGUAUCAAAAAUUAGACGACACUGAGAGUGGCUACGACAAAACCAAAUCAAAAGGAGUGAAGAACGAAGAACCGAUUAUCAUUAAUCUAGAUAGUGAACCAGAAUUUGAUACGUCAUAUCCUCAAGCUGAACCCAGAGAUACCAAUAAAAGCGGGAAUUCCAGAGUUGUUGAUAUCGACGUGAAUGAGCAAUCAGAUGUUCUGAAUACCCAAGAUGAAGUUGUGGUAGUGGAAUCUUUGAAAAGAGUCCACGAGGAACUCCCAUCUGAUGAGGCUAAGAGGCAUAAAAGUACAUAG